AUGGCCGACGCAAGGAAAUGCUUGCAGGGGCUGGGUAAGAAUCCAAAGGCUCCGGACGUGCAUCACAUCACCUCUCGAGCGGCACCUUUUGUGGAGGCUUUCAAGAAGCACCAACGGGUGGCAUCGAACUUGAUUUCUUCCGAGGCUCGUGUGGCCCAGCCCAAGAAGAAGGCGAAGUCCAAAGGAGCCCCGCCAGAGAAGGCAUCAGCGGUUGCAUGA